AUGGGUGUCCCCGCCAUGUUCCGCUGGCUCAGCCAGAAAUACCCAAAGAUCGUAUCUACCGUGCAAGAAGAAUUGCCAAAAAAGGUCGGCGAUGCCGUCAUACCCGUAGAUCGUACCGGACCCAACCCAAAUGGCGAAGAGUUCGACAACCUAUAUCUCGAUAUGAACGGCAUUGUACAUCCUUGUUCGCAUCCUGAAGACAAGCCUGCGCCCAAAACUGAGGCUGAUAUGAUGAUGGCCAUCUUUGAAUACACUGACCGCGUUGUCGGCAUGGUCCGCCCUCGCAAGCUGCUCUACAUGGCCGUCGACGGUGUUGCGCCACGUGCCAAGAUGAACCAACAGCGAUCGCGACGUUUCCGUGCCGCUCGUGAAGCCAAAGAGAAGGAUGAGGAACGUGCAGAGUUCCAGAAGAUACUCAACUCACAAAAAGCAAGUCGCGGCGAAGACAUCAACACGCUUGAGGAGGUCGUGGAGAAGACUUGGGACUCGAAUGCAAUUACACCCGGUACACCUUUCAUGCAUCUUCUUGCCGAGAGUCUUCAAUACUGGUGUGCUUACAAGUUCACAACCGACCCCUCGUGGAAGGACAUGAAAGUCAUCAUCUCUGAUGCAUCUGUGCCUGGUGAAGGAGAACACAAGAUUAUGAACUUCAUUCGCUCGCAGCGCGCUAUGCCCACACAUGACCCCAACACUUCGCACGUCAUCUACGGCUUGGACGCCGACUUGAUCAUGUUGAGUCUUGCUACCCAUGAGCCCCAUUUCAAAGUCCUUCGAGAAGAUGUCUUCUACGACUCAGGCAAGGACAAGGUCUGCACUCGUUGUGGCCGCAAAGGACAUAUUCGAACAAACUGUGAAUUUCCCGAAGACGAGAAGAAGCUUACCGAAGAAGAAGCUGCUGAGGAGUGGGCCACAUCUGAACAUCAACUCAAACCAUACAUUUGGUUGCACACCAACGUCCUGCGCGAGUAUCUGGCUGUCGAAAUGGACACGCCCAAACGCACAUUCAAGUAUGACUUAGAACGCUCUCUCGACGACUGGGUCUUUAUGUGUUUCUUUGUCGGUAACGAUUUCCUGCCACAUUUGCCCAGUCUUGAGAUUCGAGAUCAAGGUAUCGACUUGUUGAUCAGCAUCUGGCGCGAUCUCGCUGCUGAGAUGGAUGACUAUGUGACCAAAGACGGCUACCCCGAUAUGCGCCGUGUACAACAAAUCAUGUCCGCCCUUGCCAGCAGAGAGGCUGGUAUUUUCAAGAAGCGAAAGGAAGUUGCCGAUCGCCAGGCAGCAAAUAGGGCUCGACGUGAAGCCCAGAGCAAUGCGCACAAGCGUCAACGUACAGACAACGACGGCGUUUCAGCGCCUGGGUUCAAGCGCGCCAAGGAGACUACCGACACCUACACCAGUGCAGGUAUCGUGUUCUUCGAUCCCAAGGAUGCGCAAUCAAAGGAAGUGCGUGAUGUACACAAAGACAUUAUGCACUCUCGUGAUAGUCAAUCCAACAAGAGCGCGGCAGCCCGCCUCAAGGAGAUGUUGAAGGCUAAGGCCGAUGGCACAUCUCUGCCUGAGCCUGAGCCAACACCAGACUCUGAGCCUGCUUCAGAAUCUGCGUCUGGUACGGAAACACCAGUCCAUCUUGGAAAGCGCAAGCUAGAUGAGGUGGACGAUCUCGACAACGGCACACCUGGCCGCAAUACCCCAGUCGUUCCUCAAUCACCGACCCAGGCUGCUCAGCCUCCGAAGAAGGACGAUAGUCCGCCAGAAGACACCAUCAUGCUUUGGGAAGAUGGUUAUGAGGAGCGCUACUACGAGCAAAAGUUUCACGUUGCGCCGAACGACAUUGCUUUUCGCAACAAGGUCGCACGUCAGUACGCCGAGGGACUCUGCUGGGUGUUGGCCUACUAUAUGCAAGGCUGCCCCUCAUGGACUUGGUACUUCCCUCACCACUACGCUCCUUUUGCCGCCGACUUUGUCGGUCUCGAAGACAUGGACCCCCGUAAGCUGUUUGAAAAAGGCGUGCCCUUCCAUCCUUAUGAACAAUUGAUGGGAGUUUUGCCCGCCGCAUCGAACCACGCCAUCCCAGAGCCAUUCCGUGUACUCAUGGAGGAUCCCAACAGCUCCAUUGUCGACUUCUAUCCUGAAGACUUCCCCAUCGAUCUCAACGGCAAGAAGUUUGCCUGGCAGGGUGUUGCCGUUCUGCCCUUCAUCGACGAAAAGCGACUACUGGAGGCCAUGGCAACCAAGUACCCAGAGCUUUCCGACGACGAGAGGAAGCGCAACGAGUUUGGAAAGGAGACCCUCAUGUUCUCACAAGAGAGUGGUCUCUUUGAUGAUGUGGAAAAGGCACUGUACCGCAAGGGUCAACAAAAGCACAAGAUCGACCCUGCGAAGAGUCGUGCGCUCCAUGGAGACAUUGAGCCGCAUGAUUUGUUUGUCAUGGACAGUCAACUUGUGCCACCUUUUGACGCCGACGGCACAACAGAUUUUGAAAUCACCCAAGACCGUUCAAUGAGAGUAUACUACGAAAUGCCAAGCAUCAGCUCAAGCCGCGCCCACAAGUCUGUCCUGCUCGAAGGCGUCAAGCUCCCCAAGCCAGCUCUCCAACCCGGCGAGGCCGAAUCGGUGCGCCGCAACAAUGAGCGCGGUGGUUUCCGUGGUCGUGGCCGUGGUGGCCGAGGAGGUGGAGGUGGAGGCUACAACGAUCGCCGCGAGAACCAAAACGGCGGAGGUCGAGGAGGCUACCAGAAUGGCCGUGGAGCUGGUGGUGGUGGCUGGGAUAACAACCGUGGCGGAUACAAUGGCAACCAGGGAGGUUACGGCGGUCCCCCACCCCCACACAACUUCCCACCACCAUUCCCCGGUGCCAAUUUUGCUCCUCCUCCUGGCGGCAACUUCUUCCCUCCACCUCCCCCCGGAUGGGUACCCCCACCUAACCUAGGUGGUUGGCAAGGUCAUAGUGCUCCUGGUUACGGACCCCCGCCUGUCCCUCCCCAGGGUGGACAGCGGGGAGGUUGGAUGGGCAACACGCAGCAUCACGGUGCACCCCCACCACGUCAAGCUCCCAACAACAGCUCCUUAAGGGAUGAGCGGUUCUACCGCCCUGCUGAUGAGAUCCUUGGACGAAGUGGGGGAGGUGGUGGCGGCGGCGGAUACCAAGGCAACAACGCAUACAACGACCGCCCACCACGGGACGACAGAGGUGGCCGUGGCGGCAGAGGCGGACGAGGUGGAUAUCGCGGCGGCGGUGGUGGUGGUGGUGGUGGUGGCGGUGGAGGAGGAUACCAAAACAACAGGCCUACGUACAACGCCAACGACUACCGCUAA